GCUCUCACCCUACAACCACCAUCUCAUCACCAUCAACCACCCUAUCCGCCUGAAAAAAGAAGAACCAAAAUGUUGAAGCCCUCCAAACCCUACACACGGGACCUCCAAUUCCGCGGCAUCGCUUCAGGCCUGACCUACCUCGGCCCAGACUCACGCCCACUCUGCCAUCUCUUCAACGGAAUCCCCUACGCCCUGCCUCCCCUCGGACCAUUCCGUUUCCAAAAACCCAGACCGCUGCCUCCAUGCUACCGGUACGGGACGAGGGUGAAUCCGGCGACCUUCACGGGGGGAUGUGGGUUGUGUCCACAACCGGGAGCGUUUGGGGAGGUGCUGGAUGCAAGCAUAUGGGAUGAGGAUUGCUUGCAGAGUAAUGUGUGGGUUCCGGUUGGGGAGCCGCCUGCUGGAGGGUGGCCGGUGCUGUUUUGGAUACACGGGGGCUUCCUCCAAUUCGGUAGCCCAAAUGACAUGGACCUGCGCGCCCUCCUCAGCGAAUCACCAAUCCAAUGCAUCGUCGUUGCACCUGCCUACCGCCUAAACCUCUUCGGUUUCCUCGCCUCCUCGGAGCUCCAGCAAUCAUGUCCCGACUUUUCCGUGAACCUGGGUUUCUGGGACCAACGCAUGGCACUCCAAUGGACGUGGGAGAACAUCAGCUACUUCGGCGGCAACGCAUCCAACAUCACCAUCGGCGGCUACUCGGCGGGCUCGCACUCCGUCUUCCACCAACUAGCCUACGACCUAGGCGUCCCGAAUGAGAAAGCCAUCAUCAAGAGAGCGCUCAUGCUAUCUAAUGGGCCGGGUGUACAACCCAAGAGCCUAGACGAAGCACAGGACCAAUUCAACGAAUUACUAGCAGUUCUGAACAUCCCCACCACCCUAUCCCCAGCAGAAAAACUCGCAAACCUCCGCGCCCUCGACACAAAAACACUAACCGCAGCAAGUCACAGGAUGAAGUUGCACCAAUUCCGCGCCGUAACAGACGGCGCCUUCGUGCGGCCCAACCUCCUCUCCGAGCUCGACAACGGCACCUUCGCAACACGCAUGAAAGCGCGAGACGUACGCCUCAUCAUCGGCGAAUGCAGCGACGAGCACUUUGUGUACGGGACGUGGCGGCCGCCGCAGCCGGGAUACGAGAACAUGCUGCACCGCCUGGAGGCAGACUACCCGCGCACGGCGUGCCGGGCUCUCAUGGCGCACUAUUUCCCCGGCCGUAAACUACCUGCCAAGUAUGCGAGCUGGCAGGAGGCGUUCGGUCAUAUAUACGCUGAUGUGCAGAUCCACGCCCUGGAGCGCGGGAUGGUGGAUGGACUGGUUCGCCAUGGUGCGGGGGAGUUGAUGCAUCGGUAUCGAAUCGAGUGGCGCGCUCGGUGCGUGGAUAAGAGGGUUCCGCGGAGUUGGGGCGCGACGCAUGGGGCGGAUAUGGCGAUGUGGUUUUGGGGGAAUGGCGAGGCGCUUGAGGAGGGGGAGAAGAGUGUGGCGAGGGAGGCGUUUCAUGGGCCGCUGAGCUGCUUUCUGAAGGGCGAGGAGAUGCAGUGGGGUACGGAGCGUGCUAUGCAGGUGAGGACGUUGAAGGGGGAUGGGCGGGUGGUGGUUGAGGAGGAUACGAGGCUUGAUGAAGGGUUAAGCUUGUGGAAUGCUUUGAGGAAGGCGGGGUCUGUUGGGCGGGCGAGUGAGGCGAAGCUGUGAUGUGUGUUGUGGAAGUUGUGGUGGGAGUUUAGGCUGAAUCAAUGUAUUUAUGGAUUAUGAUCAACUCAUCCGAGCCUACAACUCUGAUGUCUUGACGACCCAGAGCAAAACAGUCUAAAUGGUAUACGGGAUAUACAAAUCCUCUCACUAUCAUG